AUGAAUCCUUCCACCAGCAGAGAGGAUGCAAGCCCACCAGAGCACUACGCGCCCCAGUCAUCAUUAGCAGCUGCAGCCUCAUCUUCAUCAGCAGCAGGAGGAGGAGGAGGAGGAGGUUUAUAUCUAAAUGCCUACGAGGUCUCCUUUCCCCUGGAGGAGAAUAUAGAACGACCUCCUCCCUAUCACCUGAACCAAGGCCAGCAGAUGAUGGAUGAGCCAGUGGUGCAGGAGCCUCCUCACUCUCAGUACAGCACCUUCAUCCUGAUCUCUAACCUGCGCGCUCACCUCUACGUCACCCUGGAGAAGAACGCCUGGCUGCAGAAGCGCAUCGAGGAGCUUGAGGAGGAACGCAACUUCCUGCGCUGCCAGCUAGACCGCUUCAUCGUCAGCAUGAGGAGUCCUGAGGGUCAGCGUGGUGUGAAGGUCCAGCCUGCCAGCUCUCCUUCCCCUCCGUCCCCCAUGACCACCAGGUCCGGGAUGACCCUCAAACGCAUCCAGGGAUCAGGAUCUCGGAGCCGCCGCAACGCUGCCAUAACCAAGCAGGAGUUUCACGUGGAAGAAGACAAAUACUACACCGAGGACGAGUAUGUGGAGGAAGAGGAAGAAGAAGAGGAGGAGGAGGAGGAAGAUGUGGACUCUUCAGUAGAGAAGGGGAUUAGGAAGAAGGGCAGAGGGCGGGUCAGUGGAGAGCCAAGGAUGAAGAUGAGGAGGGUCUUCAGGAUCACACACGGGAGGGAACGACAGAGAGUUAAAGACCCAGACGGGGUUUUGAUCCGUUACAAGAAGAUCCUGUCCACCUACCAGCGGGUGAGGAGCAUGUCCAGAGCCUUCCAGAUCCACGGAGUCGACCGAAACACCAUGGCCUCCACCUCCCCCAUCGCCGAGCUGCUGCUGGUGGCUCCAGAGAAGGUGUCAGAAGUCGGAGAGUUUGAGGCGUCGAAGGAGAAGCUGUUGGAUUACGCCCGGAGGUGCUACAAGACGAUGGAUGACGAGACGCACGCCAAAGUCCAGACCAUGAAGAAGACUCACAAGCUGCUGCCCAUCUCCUACAGGUUCAGAAACUGA